AUGGAGGGGCUUGGGACGAAUGCGGCCAUCAUGGGCUUUCGAGCGCUGGCGCACUCACUUGAAGUAUAUCAUCCACCCAUGUCGCAAGCUGUGGCCCUGUUCGAAAUCUUCAAGACAAAUGUCUCCACUACCGUCCGUAUCUUCCAUGUGCCCACCCUCGACCGGAUCUUCUGGGAUGCCAUCGCAGCAAUGGGUGCCAUCGAUAAGCAUACAGAAGCGCUGCUCUUCGCAAUCUACUACUCAACGGUCAUUAGUAUGGACCCGGAUCAGUGCAUGAAUCUCCUGGGUAUUCCCCGAGCGUCCGCUCUAGAGACGUAUCGGUUCGCUGUGGAACAAGCCCUGGCGCGUGCGGACCUGCUCAACACGCAAAACCUGAUCCGCGAGCCCAUCGUACACGCGUGCGUCUUCGACACAAAGAUGCCCCUGAACAUCAACGAUAUUGAUAUCACCGCCGAGAUGACUCAACCUCCAGGAGAGCGAGACGGCGGCACGGAGAUGACCCUCUGCCUCAUGCGUUGCGAGGUCAUGCGCGCCGUCUGGAAAAUCGGCUACCUGGCUCCACGGACGAGGCCUCCCCCAUCGUUAAGAGACAACCAACCCGCCCGCAAUCGAGAAGCUUUGGCAGCCGAGCUCCAAAACUGCCUAGAGACCCAAUACCUCAAGCACUGCGACUCAUCUAGCCCCUUCCUCCGCGUAUCAUCCACCGUUGCGAGGCUAAUGAUCCUGCGCAUGUGGAUGGCCGUCCUCUUCACGCAAUCACAGAAAGACCGGCAAAUCCGCGAUCGACUAUUCCGCGACUCCAUCGAAGUCCUGCAACUCUCUGCCUUCCUGCUAACGAACAAGGAAGUGCAGCCGUGGGCUUGGCACUCGAAGACCCACAUCCAGUGGCACGCUGUCGCGUUUGUCCUCGCCGAUCUGUGCUGGCGGCCUCCGUCUGCAGAGUGCGAUCACGCAUGGGAGUGUGUUAAUGCAGUGUACGACCAGUGGAGUACGAUGGAGACGGAGAGGAAGGGGAAUAUGUGGCGGCCGAUUCGGCGGUUGAUGGCGAGGGUUCGGUACGUGCGUGAAAUCCAGCGGACGACUAACUCGACAGAGUCGAUGCGAAAGAACAGCUGGAGGAUAGGUGUCGGGGCAACGACGCCAGCAGUGGAGGAAGGAGCAACCUCGAUCGCGCCUACCGUGGGAGCGUCUACGGGCCAGGAUCCGGAUUGGGAAAGAGUGAACCAGCGUACGAAUGGGGAAGGGGCGAUGGGCUACCCAGGGUUCGGGCAUAUCCUCGGGGAUACGGCUGAUAUCUUCGAUCUGACAACGUUGGAUAUCUUUGGGUUGCUCUCCGAGUCGGCUAUUACUUUCCAGAAUACCCAGUUGGAGAAUCCUUGA